GAGGGGCGGAGAGGGCCAGGCGCGUGCGUGGCCGCGUCGUGCGCUGACGCGAGCCGUGCGUUGUGACGUCGCGCGCCGCCCUCAGGAGUGUGUGUGGUGGCUGGAGCGGUGUGUGUCUGCCUGCUCGCCCGCCCGUGACUGGCUCUGGCGGGGGCUGGAGUGGGCCGCGGUGACGGGGAAUCUGAACCUCCCUGCUAAAGAGGAACAACCCAAAAAGGUGUAAAGAGAGAGCCAGCCCUUUGCAACAGCAAAGCCUCCCUUUCCAUGCCAUCUUGUUCGUUUAUUGACGGGAAAAUAGGCGUUUUGGUUGGCACCCUUGUGCUGGACUCCCAGACUUGAAGUUGAAACCAUGUGAGGGGUGUUCCCCUCCCCACUGUGAUUCUUUUGACUCCCCUGGUUGUGGGCAAGUUGCUGUUGAGCCCAAGGUGCUAGCCACCAUGAUGUUCCGGGACCAGGUGGGCAUCCUUGCUGGCUGGUUCAAAGGCUGGAAUGAAUGUGAGCAGACAGUAGCCCUGCUGUCCCUCCUCAAGCGCAUCUCUCGCACCCAAGCUCGCUUUCUGCAGCUGUGCCUGGAGCACUCGCUGGCUGACUGCACCGAGAUCCAUGUCCUGGAGUCUGAGGCCAAUAGUGCAGCCAUCAUCAGUCAGUGGCACCAAGAGCCAAAGGACAAAGUCGUCUCCCUGCUCCUCUCCCACCUGCCCCUUCUCCAGCCUGGCAAUGCGGAUGCCAAGUCAGAGUACAUGAAGCUCUUGCAGAAGGUGCUGGCUUACUCCAUCGAGAGCAACCUUUUCAUUGAGGAGAGCAGGCAGCUUCUCUCCUACGCGCUCAUCCAUCCAGCCACCACACUGGACGACCGCAACUCCUUGGCCCUUUGGCUCAACCACCUCGAGGAACGCCUCUCCAGCGGCUACUCCGGCCAAGGCAGGGGCCGAUCCGACACAGCCUACCACUCGCGACAAGGUUCGGAUGAGUGGCAAGGUCCGGUGGAUGCUGGCCUUGGGGACCUGGGACACAGCUGGCAGGAGAAGCCGCCUCGGGAAAAUGGACACAUGUCCUUCCACUCCUCUGGCUCGGUGCCAUCGGCCAUCAACAGUAUUGGGAGCAACGCAAACACAGCUCUCCCCUGCCAAAUCCACCCCAGCCCGCUGAAGCGCUCCAUGUCCCUCAUCCCCACCAGCCAGCAGGUCCCCAGUGAGUGGAUGAGUGUGGAUGAGAUGGGUGCCCGGCCAGCCUUCAUCCCCAGCGGAGAGCACGCACCCCUCUCGCCCCAGAGCAGCGUGGCCUCCUCAGGCAGCGAGCAGACGGAGGAGCAAUCCGGCAGUCGCAACACCUUCCAGGAGGAUGGCAGUGGCAUGAAAGAUGUUCCCUCAUGGCUGAAGAGCCUCCGCCUCCACAAAUAUGCAGCCCUCUUCUCCCAAAUGACCUAUGAAGAGAUGAUGACCCUCACAGAGCAGCACCUAGAAUCGCAGAAUGUGACCAAAGGAGCAAGGCACAAAAUAGCCUUGAGUAUCCAGAAGCUGCGGGAAAGACAGAGUGUCCUGAAGUCUCUGGAGAAGGAUGUCCUAGAAGGCGGGAACUUGUGGAAUGCCCUCCAGGAACUGCAGCAGAUCAUCAUCACGCCCAUCAAGGCCUUCCAUGCCCUGCAGGCUACAGUCGCAUCCAAGGAGGGCCAGCAGCUGGGGGCUGAGCAGCGCGGUGCUCCCAAGCUGGGCCUGGACAAGACCAGCAACGGUGCUGAGGACAAGGCACCAACGGCUGACACCUUCCCACCCCCAUCAGGCUCACCGUGCGAUGGGGAGUCAGGAGCAGCACCUGUCGCCGAAGGGGACAUCGCAGGACAGUUCACCCGGGUGAUGGGCAAAGUGUGUACGCAGUUGCUGGUGUCCCGGCCAGAUGAGGAGAACAUCACCAGUUACCUCCAGCUGAUAGAGAAGUGCCUGAUGCACGAGGCCUUCACAGAGACACAGAAAAAGAGGCUCUUGUCCUGGAAGCAGCAAGUGCUGAAGCUACUCCGGACAUUUCCGAGGAAGGCCGUGCUGGAUAUUGGUUACCGCCCACAGAAGGGAUGGGCCUUUGGUUCCAACUCUCUCCCCAUAGCUGGAUCUGUGGGGGUGGGGGUGGCGCGCAGAGGACAGCGGCAGUUCCAGAUGCCUCCUCGUGCCAUUCCUCCAAGCCGCAUGGGGAUCCUGAGUCCUGCGGGGAUCGGUGGCGUCUCCCCUCGGCAUGCUCUGGCCAGUCCAAACCUGGGGAGCCAAGGACGGCAGAAUCUGUGGUUUGCCAACCCUGGGGGCAGUAACAGCAUGCCCGGUCAGAGCCGAAGUUCGGUCCAGCGAACCCAUUCGCUCCCUGUCCACACAUCCCCACAGGCCAUCCUCAUGUUCCCACAAGAUUGCCAGCUCCCUGGAACAGACCUGGAGAUCAAUCCCACGCUGGAGUCGCUGUGCCUCAGCAUGACGGAGCACGCGCUGGGCGAUGGCACCGACAAAACUUCCACCAUCUGAAAGAAGCUGAAUCUGCUGGUUUUCCUGAGAAGCUUUCGGUGGCUGUUUUUUUUUUAAUUUUAUUUUUUCCCUUUUUUGUGUUAGCCCCUUUUCCCUUAGGGGUGUGUUGCUGUGAGGGUGGGUGAAUCACUUUUCCCCCUGCCCCUCUCCAAACCACCUCCGGCAUUCCCCAGCAGCCGGAGAUACCAGGGGAGAAAAAGCUGUCACUACAAUCUUACCAUCUUAUUGUGUUCUAAUAUUUUUCUACUUUUUAUUAUUAUUAUAACUUCAGCUAUUGGUUUAAUAUUUUGAUGUACACGGGAGUUGGCAGAGACUCCCGGAAAGAUUCAACAUUCAAAGGCAGGAGGCAGAGUUGUUUGGGCCAUACGAUUCCCUUUCCUGUUGGACGUUGCUCCCUGCACGUAUAUGAAGGACAGGGGGAACCUUGAAGCCAAGAGAGGGGAGGCAAGAAGCAGGCAGCUGAGCUCUCCCACCUUGGCAGACUGGGGAGGGCCCUGGAACCGAACAUCCCCUCAGCACUGGGACACAGGAGGGCACGUUGGGAUUAACCAGGCGAGCUGGUUCCGUCUGGACUAACCCAGCUGCUGGCUCCCUGUACCUGACCUUGGAGGGGAAGGGGCCAUGGGGUGGGUGGGGAGAUGGUCCUGCAGAUGACUGAAAGAGUUUUAAAAGUGCCUCUAAUGCUUCCUCCUACCAAAAGCAGCUGGGGGGUGGCUCAGCGCAUGUUGGAUGCCCAGCAACAGGUUUGCAAGCUGGUUCCCUCGGUUUUGUGUUUUAAUGAAGCGGAUGGGGCUCAAGGGGAGAGAUCCCUUGGCCAUCUCCCCACCCCGAGGGAACAAGAAGGGUAUGGCUUGAGUGUGGGGGUUCUUUGUUUUUCAACCCCUUAAGUCUCUGCCUCCUGGGAGUGUGUUGAAAUGGAAAUCAGUCCCAUUUUGUUGAAGCUGUUCAGAUGGGUUUUGCAGAUCAGUCAGCAGUUUGACGUUCAGGAGCAAAGUUCUCAGUUGAGCUGGCAUGAGUUCCUUGUAGACAGGCAAGAUUUGGUUCUCCCUCCCCAUAAUGGCAAGUUGUGGGGGUCAGACCAGUGAGGAAAAGAAGCAGUUCUGUCAUGUUCUUGAAAGCUCAGAUUAAUUUUCUCUAGUUCUUUAGUGGUUUGGGGGUGCACAGUUGUCUGUCUUCCUAGGGGCAGGAGUGGUCAGGGAGGAGGGUAUAGUCGGGCAAACCCCUGCUACCCUCAAAAUCCAGGGGUUCUCCCCCACCAGCUCUGUGGCAGUUUCUGAUGCAGUGACUGAUGAAUGAGUCUGUGGGUUAGUGGUGCUAAUUAAUUGGCAGGGGCAAGCUGGUGUCCAGGGAAAGGGGAAUCCAGUUGGUGGGUGUGAUCCUAGGAACAGAUUGCCUCCCCCAGUGGGGGUGGGGAGGGAAAGAGGGACUCCUAGACAUGAAUCCAAGUGGACCAGUCUUCUUGCGGGGGGGGGGGGUGGAAUGGGGGCGGGCCAGUGCUUGCUUUGCUAUGCUUGCAUUUACACAAACACUACAGGUGAGUGGGUGGAUUCCCCUGUCCUCCUGCCCACCCCCCAAACAAUUCUGGAGCCAGCCUUUGCAUUUGCUCUGACCCUCCCUUGGCUUUUAUGUAUAGCUUUAUUGUCACAGAAGUGAUGGGGAGGGGGACGACGAUGAGAUUGCCCCCUCCCCUCUUCGGCUUUUGAGAUUGAGGCAGCCCCAGGAUUUGUUUUUUUUUAAAGACAAAAACAGGCCAGGGCCCAUGCCUGUCUGUGUCCGAAGCAGUAGUGGCACAUCCUAACAAGCCACAGUGGCACCAAAGGAGGCGCAGCUGCCUCUGCUUCCUGGCAGCAGUUCAGAUGGCUCCUCUCUUUCUCCCUCUCCCCCUUGCUCUGCCCAGUAGCUGUGCUGUUCAUCAGGUGGAGCUGUACAGUUAACCUGAUGAAUGGCUAGCCUGCAGGCAGCACAGCUCUUGGACGGAGCAGGAGAGAGAGGAACUACCUGAGCUGCUGGGAAGCAGAGGCAGCUGCACCUCCUCUGGUGCCACCACGGUUCAAGAGAAGCGGGUACUGUUCGGGAGAGCACAAGCAGGGGCCCACGCCAAAGCCUUCCGUGCCAGCAUAUAUGCAGGUUCCUAAGGGCAUUCCACAAGGAUCAAAGUGGGAUACCAAGUUUGGCAGGCUUGGGCUUUGGUGGGGGAGAGGCUGGCAGCAUGCCUCCUGCCUCUGUGUCUGCUUGGCUUGUGCAUGUGUGUGCACGCCCCCUUGUGGUUAUGAAUGCUCCGUAUUGUGUCGUCCCAUGACAGGCGACACACACACACACACCCUCGCCUCUCCCCAAAGGCUGACCUCGGCAGGCUCUUAGGUACAGAAAACUCUUCCUCCCCCACCCUCGAGAACUGUUUUAAAAUAGAAAGGCCUUUUUUCCAAAGUAUAUACUGAACAGUAGCAUACAAAAAGGGGGGGGGGAGCCAACUGAAAGAACUAUUUCUAAAAAGUAGAGAAAGACAAGGUUCCUGUUUCAGAUAGAAAUGUUAUUUUAGAUACAUUUUAUUAUGAAUAACUUUUGUUAUGACAAUGGCUGGUAACCAUGAAUACGUUAUUUAAAAAAAAAAAACCUCACAAAACAUUUUACAAAAAAAAAAUCCAAAAUUCUGACUUUAGAUUGCUUUGUUGGACUCCUUUGCUGCUUUUUCCCUUCCAGUUUUUGCUUUGUAAAAGGCAUCGAGAAUUUAAGUAUUAGCCCUUUUUUUAUUAACCUCUAUGAUAAAGCUGUGCUUAUUUUGUAUUA